GGCGGAAGUGAUGCAUGACGCACUGACGUCGCCGGAAACCCGCCAUCUUGCGGGAAGAAACGCCUUGAAGUUAAGGAGGAAACUUGAACUUGGAGUGAAAAAGGCGUCUGUCAAACAUGGGCAACAUAUUUGCAAGCCUCUUUAAAGUCUUCGGCAAGAAAGAGAUGAGAAUUCUUAUGGUGGGUCUCGAUGCUGCUGGAAAGACGACGAUUCUGUACAAGCUGAAGCUGGGGGAAAUUGUUACCACCAUCCCAACAAUCGGUUUUAAUGUUGAAACUGUGGAGUACAAGAAUAUAAGUUUCACAGUUUGGGAUGUCGGUGGUCAAGAUAAGAUUCGACCAUUGUGGCGCCAUUAUUUCCAGAACACACAAGGUCUGAUCUUUGUGGUUGACAGCAAUGACAGAGAGCGUGUGAAUGAAGCACGAGAGGAGGUGAUGAGGAUGUUGGCCGAGGAUGAGCUCAGGGAAGCAGUCCUGCUCGUGUUUGCCAACAAACAGGACCUACCGAAUGCCAUGAACGCUGCAGAAAUCACAGACAAGCUGGGGCUGCAUUCGCUCCGGCACAGGAACUGGUACAUUCAGGCCACAUGCGCCACAAGCGGCGACGGCCUCUAUGAAGGACUCGACUGGUUGUCCAAUCAACUGAAAAACCAGAAAUAAUGACCUCACUGUACUGAUCUUCCUUAGUUCGAUAUUCUCAACACUUGCUUUACUCUUUUGUUUUUAAAGAAACGGUGCUGGAAGCUGCGCUCAUUUCAAACCCCAUUAACACGGAAGAAUAGGGCCCUACAGCAGGAAGAACGUUGUCAAAGUGUUGCUCUCUUGUUUUAAUGUAAAUAGUUUUUUGUUGGGAGGCAGCUUUUUGAGCACCAUUAUGCAAAAUAGAUUUAGUCUUUCAUAGCUGAUCUGUCUUUUUUUCCCCGUUCUUACUGUUUGAGUCAUUGGAAAGAGUUUUAAGAACGUCGCUUCUGUAAACUCUGUCAGGUCUCAUUUGAAUCUUGCACGUAUUAUUUUAUUGUGCUUAUAAUAGACUCUCUUAGAUGUACUGUAAACGAAGCUGUUAUGUUUGUCUUGAACGGAGUACAGGAAAUCAAACAUCACAGACACUACCUGCACAUAUAACAGUUCAGUUUUGAGGAAAAGAAACCAAAAACGAUUACACUGUCUUUUGUGACGUCUAGCUUUACUGUCAGGAUGCUUUAGGAGCCAUAGAGUUGUGAAGACAGCUACACAAAGAUUUAUGAGAUUCCCAAAACACAACAGAUGUUUCGUUGUGAGUUUGUGGGAGAAAUGUUGGUGUGGCUCAGGUUAAUCAAGGUUUGUAGUAGGGUAAAGUAAAACAUUCAGGCACAUAACAGUAAUGAGAAUUUUUUUAAGGGUACUGGAGGUUGUUUCAUGAAAACAAUGUGACAAUAUAAAUGGAAUUGUCUUACAAAAAUAGGCUUCAUUUUCUAUAUGCAAAAUAAUGCGUUUAUUUUAUUUUUGGGUGGUGAAAUGUGGCCUUUUUUUUUAAAGAUUCAACCAGAAAGAGAAACUGAAACAUUGGUUUUAUGCAUCUAGCAUUAAAUUUCAUGUUUUGACACUCUGUUUAAAGUGUUACUUUCUAUUUUGGACUCAAAAUCUAACCACCACUAGGAAUAAACAACAGCCUCAUCUAUCCACAUGCAAUAACUUAAGACAUAACCUGAAAGCAUAUCUUGAGAGUGUUGGCAUGUUAAUAUCAAUGACAACUGUUUGAGCUUUCUGUUGUGCAUGUAGAAGUUAUUUUUCCCACCAAAAAAAGCUGUGGUGGCUUUACGGUAAACAGAGACUCCCGUUUCAGAUUAACAACCUUCCUGGUCAAUGUUAGGGCUGAUGGUUUAAAAGGUACUUUAUUAUUUAUCUUUUUUCUCUCUCUUUCCCAAUUAACCUCUAAUUUGGUAGACACUGAUUACUUUGGGUUAAAAUUAUGUGAAUCUCUUAGCAAAUUGUUUUAUAGUGUGACUCUUUACCCAAGGUUUUUUUUUUUAAAUUUUGACAGAAAUGCACUGUAAUUAAAGAUACUAGUAUAACU